UGAAACUGAGAAUAUAUUAUUAUAUGCCUUAACAGUGAAACUAGAAAAUUCUAUUAUAUUAUUGGCUCAAAUGAUGAGUGAUUCUACAAAGUCAUCAGAACUACAGUGUUUUCUCAAUAGUUGGUUGGAAACUGGUGCACCAGCUCCACAAGAAAUAGUAAUUGGUUAUUCAUACUCUAUGUUAGAUGCUGCAUCAUUAGCUUUUAACUUUUCUACAUUUGAUAAUUAUAAUUUAAGGUGCUAUGAUUAUUUAAUAAAUGAAACGUCAGAGUUACCAUCUACAUUAAUUCAGAUUGAUGUAAUUGGCUUAAUCAAGGUUGUUGAUUCAUGGGCAUGCUUUGAAAAUAUCCUACAACCAGUUAAAGACUUUUAUCUAUGUAGUAUAAUGUAUUUGAGUACAAUUGACAAUUUAGAUAUAUUCAGGGAAACCAUCAUAAGUAUUUUAACUAUGUGUCAAAGUCCUUUUCAAAAUAAAGAGACAGAAUCAAGAAGGGCAGCUUUGUGGGUACAUUUAACUACGGAUACUAUUCAACAAAUGAACCAACAGUAUAUUCAAUAUGUAAUAGGAAAAAAUGGAAUAAAAAGCUUUUCUUUUUUGGAUAUACGACAAAAUGCAGUAAUCGAUGAUUCUUGUCCUCAUAAAAUAUAUGAUUAUAUUAAUCAGUUGAAAAUGGAAGCAUUUGAAAAAUGUGAUUUUAGUAUGGAUUUAGAAAAGACACCAAAUGAUUAUUAUUGUCCCAUAGUUUUAGAAAAUUUGAUACAACUUUUAAUAGAGUUUCCGUCAUGGACCAAAAUUAUCAAGAAAAGUGAAUGUUCCACUUUGGUUUCAGUAUGUUCAACCGAACAUUUAUCUAUGUUGACUGAAAUAGUUGAUCCUGUACAUCCAUCACUUUUCAUGGUAUAUCAUUUAGAUAAAAUAAGAUCCUUAAUGCAACUAGGAAAAUACUUUAUUAAAACUACAAAAGAUAAAAAUGAAUUUUAUAAAAGAGACUAUAAAAAUAAUCAUACCUACUUAACACAAACUAUUUCUAAUAAUGGAAGUAAAUUAGAUAAUAGAAUUGAAAUAAACAUUCUUAAUGAAAAAUCAGAAGUAAAUGAUGAGAUAGAAUUAGAUUUAAUAACUUUUAAAAAUACUAUUCUGUCUACAAUUCAUAGUUUAAUUGACUUUGAUGAAAGUGUUAGAAAUAUUUUAAGAAUGCAAUUAAACGCUGAACAAGAAACUGUAAUCUGUAAAAUUUUUUUGGACUGCUGUGCACAAAUGAAAACUUAUGAAAAAUUCUUUGGAAUAAUAGCUGGGAAAUUUUGCUCAAGUAGUAAUGCAUUUGCUAAUGCAUUUGGACAAAUUAUUAUAGAAUGUUAUAAUACAGUCGAAUUAUUUGAUAAGAAUGAAUUAAAAAAUAUCAGUAAAUUAUUUGCACAUCUUUUGUUAACAGAUACUAUUUCAUGGGAAAUUUUAUCUGUUUUAAAAUUACAUGAAAAGGAGCUGACAAGUGCUAAAAAGAAUUUUAUCAGAAUUCUUCUUAGAGAAUUAUCCGAACAUAUGGGUGUUACAAAACUUCAAGAGAAAUUCAGAAAGAAAAUCAAUACUCCAGCACUCCAAGGACUUUUUCCUAAUAAUACUACAAAAAAUGCAAAUUAUGCCAUACUUUUCUUCAAAUCCAUUGGUCUAAGAUAUUUAGGGGAUAUAUUGAAAGAAAAUAUGAAAGGAGAAUCUUCAAAGCUAAAACGCUCCACAAGUAAUUCAAGCAUAUCGUCUACAACUUCAUCAUGUGAUUUUAUUAUAGAAGUCAGGGUUUCAAAGAAGAAUGGUGAUAAAAAGCAAUUAAAAGAUGAAAAAAAAAAAAUUAUUGUAAUUAAAUAAUAUAAGUAAAA